AUGCAACUAGCGUUUCUGGACUUCGAAGCCGCGUUCGACUCUCCUCACCGAUGCCGUCUUCUCAAUGCGCUCCGCGCCGAUGAAGUACCAGGAAAGUUCGUUCGCUUGCUUGAUGACAUGAAUCAACGAACAACUUCUGCAGUUCGAACACCAGCCGGAUGUACAACACCGUUUGAAGUGGUAACUGGAGUAAGACAAGGGGCAGUGGCAGAACCUUUCCUGUUCAAUUUCGCAAUCGACGACAUUAUGCGAAGAACAGUCGACCAGUGUCGUGCCGACAUUGUCUUAGCACCAUCAGGGUGCCCCUUGACUGACCGACUAGCUGCAGCCUAUGGACUACGCCUACGCCCUGAUAAAUGCAAGCAGAUGUGGAUCUCUUCGAGACCUCAAACAGGAAUCAGGGUGGACGGACAACCGAUAGAACUCGUCGAUGAGUUCUGUUACCUAGGCUGUACGCUGAAGAACAAUGGCAGCUACGAGAGAGAUGUUCAACAAAGAUGCGCUAAGGCCACUUCUGCAUUUAACACCUUAACGAAAUGCCUGUGGUCGACCCCCAUCAACAACGAAGUCAAGCUGCGAGUCUACCUAUCCGCACUUCGCCCCAUCAUGAUGUACGGAUCGGAGACUUGA